UGAUUGAUGAUGAUUAUGACGAUGAAUGAAUGUGGAGAAAAUUGGUAAUUUAUCAAUCGAAUUGUAAAUGUCUCAUGAUCGAUCGAUCGUUUGAAUUUGAUGAUAGACAGUGGCUGGUUUACAGUAUUUCGAAUGUUUUCUUUACACAUCAACGAAAAUUUUUUUUUUAUUGUUGCUGUUGUUGUUGUUGUUGUUGUCUGGCAAAUCAUUUCAAAGUCGUAGUUGAUUUGUUGAAAGUGUGAAAUUGUUUUUUUUUCACCCAACAACAAAAAUGUCGGCCGAUUUAAGUGCAAUGCGAAAAGAAUAUUCUGAUCGACGUCGAAUUCUCGCCGAAAAGGAUAUAAUUAAUGAUCCAUUUGAAUUAUUUCAUCAUUGGUUUGAGGUGGCCAAACAAAAAGCACCAGAUGAUAAAUGGACUGAAACGAAUGCCGUAUGUUUAUCAACGGCUACAAAAGAUGGUCGACCAUCAUCAAGAAUGGUUUUGCUAAAAGGUUACGAUCCAAUAAAUGGUUUCACCAUUUUUACAAAUUAUGAAAGUCGUAAAGGAAUGGAAAUUCGACAAAAUUCACAUGUUGCAUUACUAUUCUAUUGGAAUUAUCUUUCACGUCAAAUACGGAUUGAAGGUUGUGCACGAAAAUCAUCGCCAGAAGAAUCGGAUAAAUAUUUUCAUUCAAGACCAAGAAUUUCACAGAUUAGUGCUCGUGUAUCCGAACAAUCACGUCCAAUUGAUUCACGUGAAACAUUGAUACAAAGACAACAAGAAGAGGUGAAAAAAUUCGGCGACAAUAUCGUCAUUCCUAGACCAGAUUUUUGGGGCGGUUUCCAUAUACAACCAGAACGAUUUGAAUUCUGGCAAGGUCAAAGUGAUCGUACACAUGAUCGAUUCAUUUUUGAAUUGGAUCCAAUCGAACGAAAAUGGCAACAAUAUUAUCGAAUUCAACCGUAACUUUUAAUUGAAUUGAAUUUUAAUUUCAACUCAAAACUCAUUUUGAAUAAAUAAAUUUUUUUUU